GGCCUGGGAGGACGGUGCGCCUUGCGCAGGCGCGAAGCCUAGACCUCGCUGCAGCCCCCCCCAUCGCCUCCGGGAGUCGCACCCAGGGAGGUCGCCUGCUGGCGCGUCAGUGCUCUCCCCCUCGUCUGCCCUCCCCGGUCCCCCCAGCACCCUACGCGCCCCGAUGGCGGAGUUGCGGCCUAGCGGCGCCCCCGCUCCCACCGCGCCCCCGGCCCCUGGCCCUACAGCCCCUCCGGCCUUCGCCUCGCUCUUCCCCCCGGGACUGCACGCCAUCUACGGAGAGUGCCGCCGCCUUUACCCAGACCAGCCGAACCCGCUCCAGGUUACCGCUAUCGUCAAGUACUGGUUGGGUGGCCCAGACCCCUUGGACUAUGUUAGCAUGUACAGGAAUGUGGGGAGCCCUUCGGCCAACAUCCCUGAGCACUGGCACUACAUCAGCUUUGGCCUGAGUGAUCUCUAUGGCGACAACAGAGUCCAUGAAUUCACAGGAGCAGAUGGACCUAGUGGUUUUGGCUUUGAGUUGACAUUUCGUCUGAAGAGAGAAACAGGGGAGUCUGCGCCCCCAACAUGGCCAGCAGAACUAAUGCAAGGCUUGGCCAGAUAUGUGUUCCAGUCAGAGAACACCUUCUGCAGCGGGGACCACGUGUCUUGGCAUAGCCCUUUGGAUAACAGUGAGUCGAGAAUUCAGCACAUGUUGCUGACAGAGGACCCGCAGAUGCAGCCCGUGCAGACACCGUUUGGGGUGGUUACCUUCCUCCAGAUUGUUGGCGUCUGCACCGAGGAGCUCCACGCAGCCCAGCAGUGGAAUGGGCAGGGCAUCCUGGAGCUGCUGCGGACAGUACCCAUCGCUGGCGGCCCCUGGCUGAUAACUGACAUGAGGAGGGGAGAGACCAUAUUUGAGAUCGAUCCACACCUGCAACAGGAGAGAGUUGACAAAGGCAUUGAGACGGACGGGUCCAACCUGAGCGGUGUCAGCGCCAAGUGUGCCUGGGAUGACCUGAGCCGGCCCCCCGAGGACGACGAGGACAGCCGGAGCAUUUGCAUCGGUACUCAGCCCCGGCGGCUCUCUGGCAAAGACACGGAGCAGAUCCGGGAGACCUUGAGGAGAGGACUUGAGAUCAACAGCAAACCCGUCCUUCCGCCAAUCAACCCCCAGCGGCAGAACGGCCUCACCCACGACCGGGCCCCGAGCCGCAAAGACAGCCUGGAAAGUGACAGCUCCACGGCCAUUAUUCCCCAUGAGCUGAUCCGCACACGGCAGCUCGAGAGCGUACAUCUGAAAUUCAACCAGGAGUCAGGAGCCCUCAUUCCUCUCUGCCUAAGGGGCAGGCUCCUGCACGGACGGCACUUUACAUAUAAAAGUAUCACAGGUGACAUGGCCAUCACCUUUGUCUCCACGGGAGUAGAAGGCGCCUUUGCCACCGAAGAGCACCCUUACGCAGCUCAUGGACCCUGGCUACAAAUUCUGUUGACUGAAGAGUUUGUAGAGAAAAUGUUGGAGGACUUGGAAGAUUUGACUUCUCCAGAGGAAUUCAAACUUCCCAAAGAGUACAGCUGGCCCGAAAAGAAGCUCAAAGUCUCCAUCCUACCUGAUAUGGUGUUUGACAGUCCGCUGCACUAGCCUGGGCUGGGCCCUGCAGGGGCCAAGGGAGAGCCCAGCUGCUCCCCGG